AUGGUUGAAUUUGAAGAAUACUCGAGCACUCAACUCCUUCAACAACAACAUCCACAACCGACUAUAUUCACUCCGAUAUCGGAUCAUGCUUGCUUUGUUACGAUUGAAUUAUUGAACGAGUGUUUUGAAAAUUUACAAAUUCAAUUGGAGUUGGUGGAGGCUUGUUAUAAUUUAUUAAAAUUAAUUAAUCCAUUAUCAUCAUCAUCACAACCAAUAUUAUCUAAUGCAACACCAAUUCAUAAUAGCACAACUUCUUCAUCAUUGGAAUUUCCAAAAUCAACUUUUUCUGACAUAACGGAACAAGAUUGUAGAGUAUUGAUGAGUAUUGGAUUUGGUCGUCAAUUUUUAGAAUCCAUUGUACAGAAUAUUUCCAAAAUGGAAUCAAACGAUCAACACACUUUGAAUCUUUCUGACAAGUCUUCUUCUCAAAUUAAUUUUAUCAAGCAAUAUUUAAACUCUUCUGAUUUUAGGGAAUAUCCCAAAGAUUUAAAAGGAAAAUUUGGUGGAUUUCCCAACACUGGAGGUGAUAUUUUUCUUCACAUUAAAUCGAAUAAUAUGGAUGGAGCUUUUCGUUGCAGUAUGCAAGUGUUAAAUGACGCAAAAAUUGCUCCACACGUGAAAAAAGUUCAAGAUGAAACCUUUGGAUUUUUACAUCGAAAAAACGUGAAAAAAGGUUUAGGAAGAGAUUUAUCUGGAUUUGAAGAUGGAACUGAGAAUCCAAAAGAAUUGGAAGAAAAAAUUGAAGCGGCUCUGAAUGAACAUGGUGAUUCGUUUUUAUUGGCACAGAAAUGGGUCCAUAAUUUAAAGUUUUUCAAUUAUCUUCCACUAAGAGAGAGAGAAAAUGAUAUUGGAAGAACCAUGGAUGAGAGUAUCGAGUUGGAAGACAAAUCGCCAAACUCUCACGUGGCACGUGUAUCGCUGGUCGAAGAGGAUGGACAUGAAAUUCAAGUCAUUCGACAAUCCAUGACAUUUGGAAAUUCCUCUCAACAUGGCCUCUUUUUUCUGUCAUUUGCCAACUCUACUCAGACUUUUAUUCACCAGUUGGAAAGUAUGGUGGGUGUUGGAAAAUUCGCCACUCCAGAAGGUCACAACGACCAUAUUAUGCGAUUUUCUACGAAUAUUUUGGGAUCUUUUUAUUAUGUUCCCUCUAUGAGGAGUUUGGAAGUGUUGACAGAGGUCAUGUCGUGCGUUCUUAAACAUCAACAUUCUACAGCAGCACGAGCGGGACACAGAUUGAGCAAGCUGUGA